GACCUGGAUGCGCCGCUGCACGAGUUUCCAGCAGAGGGGAGCGUCCUCCUCGCAUUCAGCGAGCCUGUAACCGGUGGACCCGGGAACGUGACCUUCGUGCCCAGGUCCUUCAUGUCGCCAACAAUCGACGUGCCCGGUAUGGCGGCGAUCACGGCAGGCAGCUACGCGCUGCUGUCACCUCACGGACUGCUGCCUGGCGAGGUCUACAACGUGACUGUUGCAGAAGACGCUUUCCUGGACUUCGAUGGAUACAUGCUCGAGCCGAUCGACGAGGAGUAUGUCAUUUCCACGAUGCCAGAGCUCAGGUUCUUCCAACUUGGUGAUCAGAACUGGGUUGAUCCGGCAUCAGUGGCACCUGGUGGGCGCAUGGCACCUGCAGCCACCGUGGACUCUGCCAACCGUGUGGUGGUGAUUGGUGGGCGCAGUGGUCGGAGCUCCUCUAUUCAGGGCCGUGACAUGAACGACGUGUGGGCUUUGUCCACACACAAAGAGGUGAACUGCGCCUCCGCCUAUGAAGGCGAGACGAGCUGCUCUCUGGAGCGAUGUGAGCCUGACGAGAUGGGAAGGUAUUUCUUGGGAGAUCAGACUACACGUCGCUUCGUCUGGAGGCGGAAGAGCGCCAGUGGCGGCGAUUGUAUAGCUGCCAGCGGGGAAACGAGGAGCCAGCUGGGGGAGGAGAUCGCGCGAAAGACGGAGCAAUGCAAUUGUCCGACAUGUACGUCGCCUCCUGGCCCUCCAAAUGGGCCUCAGCUCCCGAGUGACAUGCUGAACAAGUUUUAUGUGCAGGACUACACCUUGGUGCCCUCGGAUGACACUCGGCCCCUUCUGUGCACAAGCGGGAUGACACCGACAGGCAACUUCAGUUGUAAGUUGUUCGACAGAUACUUCGCAGUGUUCGAGACUCCAUAUCCUUCUUGCGAGAACUCCACAUGCAAGGCGCCUCCUGACGUUCAGAGCCUGGAGAACUUCGCUGCCUGGGAUUGGAAUUCGUCGGCAGAUGGUCAAUACUGUCCCAACAUUUCAGCAAGCAAUCCAUUGCCACACGGCGGCAUCUGCGCUGUGCUCUGUGCUCCUGGAUUCAAGGUUGACAAUGUCUACCGCUGCCAGCAAGGGCAGUUCGUGGCUCCCCAGUGCCAGAGGCUGGAGUGCAGCGAACCGUCGGGCUUGAACCAGGGACGUCUGGUCUGCCAAAACGACGAGGACCGGCCAGUCUUCGGCGCUGUGUGCGACCUUCUAUGUCCGCCUGGCUAUGUGCCCUCCAACUUCAUGGCCACGUGCACCACCGACCUCGUACAGCCUGAGGCACAGCCAAUCUUUACUCCGCUCGUGGAGUGUGCGUUGCCGAGCCUUUGCGGUGAUUAUCCCUUCACCGUCGAUGCAGACGAAAACUCCGGAAUGGCCUAUGCCGUUGUGGAGUAUGCCAGCGACAGCCGGGCAGAGAUCGAUGCCAUGGCAACCUUAACAUGCUUGGAAAGCUACUCUCCGGGCGGGUCUGCCUUCGGCCUCUCCGGCAGCCUGGAGUUGAGGUGUGGUCCUAUCGUGAACAAGGAGAACGAGCCAGAUGUGGAGUGGUUCUUCUCAAAGGGUAGUGAGCCUCCUCGUGAACGGUACACAGCAACAGACGCCAGGCCCGAGCCGGCCGCAUCUGCGCUCCUGACGGCCUGGCGGUCUAUGACACGGCCGGCCUCCAAGGUCGUCCUCCUGGGCAACAUUACCAUGAUGCCAAGCACUUACAAGCUCUUAGCAAUGCACCUUGUCGGAGCUUUCAGCGAAGCUAAGGAUGAACCUGCCAAGCGAUCUGACAAAGGCCGAGUGGAGGGCGAUGCUGUGCCUACUGACCAAGAUCUGCCCUGA